GGGGCGUGUCCUUGAGGCUCCGCCCCGCCCUUGGCUGGAUAGUGACGAGCGCUGCAGCGACUGUCCCUGAGAGGAGCCGCCACCUCUGUCCUCUCCACUGUACUCAUUUGGACUCUACCAUGCCUCGGGGGAGCCGCAGCGUGGCCGCCCGGCCAGCCAGCCGCCCGGCCGCAACUUCUGUCCACCCUCCCGCGCACACCGGCCAGCCCGGCCUGAUGGCGCAGAUGGCGUCCACAGCCGCCGGGGUGGCCGUGGGCUCGGCUGUGGGACAUGUCAUGGGCAGCGCCCUCACCGGAGCCUUCAGUGGGGGAAGCUCGGAACCUGCCCAGCCUGCUGCCCAACAGGCUCCUGUGCGUGCUGCCCCCCACCCCCUACAGAUGGGGCCCUGCUCCUACGAGAUCAAGCAGUUCCUCGACUGCUCCACCACUCAGAGCGACCUGUCCCUGUGUGAGGGCUUCAGUGAGGCCCUGAGGCAGUGCAAGUACAACCAUGGUCUGAGUUCUCUGCCUUGAAGAGGCUGCUGAGGACUCACGGGUUAGCUCUGAGAUGGCUCCCGACCACAGCUCUGCACCCACCCGAUCCCCUCACCGACAGCCGGACCACGAUGACAGAUUGUACCUGGGAAUGGGAGUAAGGACGGGGUUUCUUAUCCUACAGAUGACCCAAGACACAAGCAUAUAAUUAAAGAGUCUAUUUUAGAACACAGCCCACUGUGUGCCCUCUUGCUGGCUUGUCUGCCAGGAGCACCCUGGCUGGUGAGGAGGGGUCAGGGAAAUGGAUGGAUGUCCUAUUGCGGAGGGCUGGGAGGAGCCCUGUUGCAAUGUGCACUGUGGCUAGCCAAGGACAGACCACCUCAGGCAGUCCAGUGUGAGGUGAUAAGGCGUAAGCAGGUGACACCAAGGGCAUCUGAAUGGAGGCUGUAAUCCAGGGAGGAGCCUCUAUCUCCCCCGCUUAAGGGAUAUCUGCUCUUUUCACUCUUAUUGUUUUUGCCUUUGGAUCCCAUUAUCUGCACCCACAUCUUAGGGGGUUCCCCCCACCCUACAGCCUCACAUUUUGUAUGUGACCUUGCCCCUCUUGCUGAUGCAACUUCUCAGUAAUUCCAGAUUCCGCAAAAGGACUCCUGCUGGCUUGCUGUCUGUUUGCACCUGAUCCCAUGAGACAGGGGUCAGAGCCACCCUCCUUGAAUCUGAGACCAGCUCAGCAACUUGCCUGUAGUGCGCCAAGUCACAGGGCCUGCUGGAAUAGAGGAGUAGGCCAUUUGAACCCAGUGCAGGCUGCUUCAUCAAGCACUUUUAUCCAGUGCUACAGAAGGAACCCAGGGCCUCACACAUGCUAGGCAAGUGCCCUACUACUGAGCUACAUCCCCAGCUGUCACACACACACACACACACACACACACACACACACACACACACACACACACACACGCGCGCACUCCACUAUUGGAGAUCUAAUCCAGGCAUUGACUUCUUACUGUGUUAUAUAUAUUCUACAUCUAAGCACAGGACAUUCUUGCCCUAAGGUGCUUGCAUUCCAGCAGGCACAAUGUCUGCCCUCUUAGGGGUACGUAUGUGGGCUUUUUGAGGGUCUGCCUCUGCACAUACCUGUCUGUCCCUUGGGAAGGGAUUCCUACUUCAGCCUCUGGGCAUCCAUACCUUCUUCAUACUGCACUCCUGGUCCCAGCUAGCGGGUCCUGGAUGUCAGUGAGCCCAUCCUUCGGGACCUGGAAGAAGUGCCUUGCUCCUUCUGGCCACGCCGAUUGCCCAUGCGUCUCUUCCUGCUGUUACCCGUAGCUGGGAGGCCCGACAGCCAGUGCAGCUCUUCUGGAGGGCCCAGGAAGUCCUGCUGGUGAGGACUGGAGAGCAGAUGUGCCCUCCCCUGGGGCUCUGACUUGACACUCACCUGCCAGCUCAGGAUACCAGUCAUCCAGGUUCUCCAGUAGGGACACAUAGCGGGUAGGGGCUCCGCCUUCCCCUCCUGUGGAUUGUGGAGAAGACAAAAAGACCCUUGAUUGGCCCAAUGGUCUCCAUCCUUUUACUUUAGAUCUGUGCUUGCCCAGGCAAGGGUGACAGGGUACUGGGUACUAUGACAAGGAUAGGGUACUGGGUAGGAACAGGUUGGAACUAGGUCCUGGCCAAGGCAGGGGACUAGGUAGGGCCUUGUGUUGUCUGUAGCCUUCCCUUACAUUUUGAUACAGCUGCAGGGGAGUCUUGGGCUCCACUUACUGAUAAUUUGCACGAGAACAUAGGUCCCUCGCUCCUGCAGCAGGGGGCUACCCAUGGAAGGGGCUGAGGAAGUCCCCUUCUCCAGGUCCUCGCCCAGGCGCACCAGGUGCCCAUCCUCAGCCAAGAGGGCGAUGGUUGCUGGAGGGCAUGGAGAGAAGUUGGGCAGAGCUGGCCGCCCUGCCUGGGGGCUCUCAGCCCCUUCUCCCCUGACCUCUAUCCAUCUCCUUACCGUCUGGGGGCACCUGCCCCUUAUGCUUCAGGUGGGCAGUGAGGGUCACCAGGCUGCACCAGGGGUUGACCAGCUCCCCGUGGCCAGCUAAGGGACAGAGGCAGAGGUGAGCAGUUGGCACCCCCACUUUCCCCUCAAUCAAAGCCUCUGUUUCUCCAAUUCCUCUCUUCCCUUGGGCUGCGGUUAGGGCACAAUUGUCCAGGUAACUGUUUGUACUGUUUUUGGAGAGCCCUCCAUCCAGCUCUUUUGAGUUGUGAAUGAUUAAGACUCGAAAUUAAGGUUCACCACUUGAAUCGCAAGCACCGGCCAGGGUCCGGCCGCGCCCCAGCCAUACUGGGCCUUGGGCACCUGCCCUGCAGCCCGCCCCAACCCGACGGCCCCUCCCCCACCCCUAAUCCGACCCGUCUCUGCAGAGCGGCGGGGAACAUGCAGCUGCAGCUUUACGUAUCUGAUGCCAACUGAGGCUUGAGGGCCUCUGACUGGAUGGUAAAGAGACGGUGCAGUUAUUUAUUUAUUUAGAGAGGAUGCAGUUUUUAAAGGGCUGGACAGUAGCGCGGCGGGGGCAUACCCGGUAGGAACCUGCCCAGGACUCAGUCCAGGUUUUCCCUCAAGGGAUUCAUUUCAGGCUCUCGCUCUAUUUUCUUAUAGGUCGCUUCCCCACAUCCCCAUUCCUCCCUCUCACCCCUUCCUCCCGUCGCUACCUCCCCACCAGACCAGCGACCCCACUUACCUCCAAACCUCACUGUGAUAAACAUGGCUGCGGAGGCGGGGAGGAGACAGAUGGACGGGUGUAUGUGGGGGGGGGCGCUUUGAUCCUCCACCUCCGGAUUCCCCAACCUGAAAGGGCCUGGGCCUGAGAUCUACUUCAGGGCCGGGUCCUGCUGAGGAGAUGUGGACACGUGAAGGUCUCACGACCGGGUCCCAGCUCAGCCACCUGCUCUGCUAGUCCUAGACCCCUGGCCUCUUCCUGCAGUGCUUGCUGGGCCAGAGUAGCUCCCCUUAGCUCCUAAGCUGGUCUCCAUGGCAGUGGGAGCCGCUAAGACAUCUAGGCAGGAAAUGCCUUACCCCCAGUAUCCGGGUAACAAGCUGGCAGGGCGGGCAUUCCCUGAGGCGGUGCUCUGAUCAGGCUCAGAGUGGGGGCUCCAAAGUGGGGGUCCAGGGAUGCUCACAUGCUGACGUCAGAGCCCACAUUCCUCACCAGGAAAGGGCAAAGCCCCCAGCCUGGAAGAGGUGGCUGUUUGUGUCCCUACCAACCUCUGCAGGCUCUCUACCACCUAGGGACCUCCCAGGGCUGGCUUUCUUUUCCUCUCUGCCUUUCUCCUAGCCUUCCAGUCUUCCACCCUUGUUUCUUUUUCUUUUCUUAUCGAGUUUAUUGAGGUAUAACUUACACACUUUAAAACUUACUCUUUUCAGUGUUCUGAGGUUUGUUGUUGUUGUUUUUUAAUAUAUUAGGGAUUGAACCUACCUUUUGCUGAGCUACGCCUCCAGCCCUUUUUAAAAUUUAUUUGAGAUGGGGGCUUGAUAAAGUACCUAGGUAAGACUCAAAUUUGUGAUCUUUCUGCCUCCGAUUCCCAGAGCGCUGGAAUUACAGGCAUGUGUCACUACACCCAGCUUGCUUCUGAGGUUUUUUUUUUUCUUCUUUUAUUGAGUUUAUUGUUGAUUUUGAGUUUUGAUGGAUCACCAACCACCACAGUUAGGAUACAAAACAUUUACAUCACCCCCAAAAUUCCUUGGGCCUCUGUAGCUGAAUCAAAAUGGAGACACUUUUUCAAGUCCUACUCAACUCUCUCCAAAAUAAAUAAAG